AUUGAAAACUGGAAGAGGGUGGUUUGUUAUCACAAGGCCACUAUCAACUUUUGGGUGGUUUUCGCGAAUGGUUGGCAAUGAUUUUAAUGAAAUUCCCUUACGUUUAUCAAUAGCCUACCAUGGUGUCCACCAAAAUAAUAUUACCAGUUGCAGUUUUUCUGAUUGUGGCCGAUUCUUUGCCUUUGUUGAUCAACCGCAGAUUGUUUUAGGCUACUGUGUAAAUGACUUACUAUCAACGUGUUUGAAUGAAAAUAAUUUCAAACCAUCUUUAUCAUCUCAUUGUCAAACAUCUAGUUUGUUAUCAGAUGAUAUUACUAACAAUACAGAAUCACUAAACUUCCAUGCAAACUGUACAGAUAGUAAUGGUAACUGGAAAAUAUUAACAUCAGAACUGUUACGCGGUGAUGCACUACCUGUAAAUAUGAAACCAAUAUUUCGUAUAAAAACUAACGGAGAUGUGAUAAGUAUGACUUUUGCCACUGGAGAUAGUGCAUUUUGUCGAUUACCCCACCGUGCGAAUAAGCGUAGAUCAUCUAUUGUUCGUGAAUCACAAGUUUCAUUAUUACUGUUGGGUUUGGAAUCUGGUGUUAUUGAAGUUUACAAUGUAUUUAGUUUAGUAUCAAGUUCUCCACAUAUCCCCAAAUAUGUCUUGACAGAUGAUUGUACCCUUGUAUAUCUCCUCUCAGCUGCUGUAGAUGGAAGUCUUCGUGUUGGUUCUGUACAUCGCGGUGGUGAAGUGAGAUUAUGGGAUUUAUGGGAUGAUGGUAAUAUGUACGGAAAAUUACGACAUAAAUUCACUAUUCCAACAGAUCAACCAUGCAGUGAAAUUCAAGGUGAAGCAUGUACAUUUGCUUGGCAUCCAUUUGGUAGGCAUGUAUUCCUAGCUGGUGAAAGAGGUCAUGGUGUUGUACUUGAUGCUGAAUCUCCUUUUUCUCGAAUCGCUUACAUACGAUCUGGUCAUUACCAUCGAAUAUCAGUUGCAAAAUUUUCAAAAGAUGGUAGUUUAUUAGUUACUGCUUCUUAUGAUUCAUGUUGUGCUGUAUGGUCUGUACCGGAAUAUCAAUGCUUACAUCGUUUCUGGCAUAUGGGACGUGAGCCCAGUAUCCCUCUUCGUGGUGGAUCAAAUGGUCAUCAUAUAUACGGUUUAUCUCUUUCCCCAGAUGAUUUUUACUUCAUUACAAUUUGCGAAGAUAGGCAAGUAGUUUUCAUUCCAAGAAUCCAUUCUUCUCGAAUCAUAUUGUCUAUGCCUAAUCUUUCCUAUCGAUACUGAUACUGUUACUACUUCCACCACUGUUGGGUUUGUCUCGAUAAUUUCAUCUCUCAAUAGUGAUAUAGUGUGGCAAGUUCGACUAAUACAAAUAUAUUCCAGUUCCUACGUUCCUCGUUACUGCAUUAGCCAUUUGGUUCGUGAUUCUAUCCUUUGGAAUCUAUCUGACUGAAACUUGCAGGACUCGUGACAAGUAUUUUAGACUAUUAGUUCAAUUUACUCGGUAAUUCGUCAAAUCAUAGCAUAAGGAAGUAAAAAAAAUUGUGCUUCAGCACGAAUAGCCUCAUGAUUUUCCUCUUAUGACCAUAACUAUGACUUUGACCUAGUAGUAGGGCUUGCUUCUCAUGACGGCCCAAUCUAGCCAUAUUAUCUGAAGCACGUGUUCCCUUCGAUCCUAUCAUACCAGACUAGUUAGUUGAAGAGACUCGUAAAACUAAGAGUAACAAACUCGUCCGAAAACGUGCUCAUACUGCUGACCGCACCAGGGUGUAACGGCAGUAAAAUAUUCCCUUCCAGACAACUAAUACCUACAUAUAUUUUGUUUCCACACAGUAAAAGGAGGUUAGAAAAAGCCAGUCCUAACAAUACCACACCUUAAUUUGUCCCACAAGUUUCCGUUACCGGCGCUAGUCUUAAAGGUACAUAGUUAAUGCACCUGAAACUAUACAGAGAAGGGAAAUAUUGUGAUAACCUUUAACCAAAUGUUCCUUGGGUAAUGCGAUCAUACUUCCAGGUCAUCAACACCACCUCUAACCCAAUUUUGUUUUCAUAUCUUUCUAGAAGAAUUGUCCUUACACAGUAUGAAUAAUCAGAAAGUGACAACUCGCCUGUUACCUCUAACACCAUUCGAAAAUUAUUACCUGUUCUCUACACAGUAUAUCAUACGUGUAUAGAAACAUUUCAUGUGUUCAAUACUUACUUUUCAAUUGAAAAUUACCAUACAUAAUCCAGUAAUUGUUUUUACAGUUCAAAAUAACAUUGGAAAUGUACAGCCUUUUAUUCAUUUUUAUUUUUGCUCCCACUCUCUUCCAUAGAUGUAUUCGUUUAUGGCCAUUGGCUCCUGUCAAUUCUCCAUUGAAAAUCUAUUUUGAGCUUGCACUUCAAACUCACACUAGUCUUAAAUUUCGUAGCUUAGCUUUCAGUCCAUGUGGUCGUAUUGUUGCUGUUACUACGAAUAAUCACGAUGUACUUGUAUUUACAACACGUUCUGAAUCAAUUCGUCUUGGUACACAAUGUCUUCAUGUAAUUCGAAGAUGUGUUGUUGAAAAUAUUUUGAAGAAAACUAUUCAUUGUUCAAUUAAACAUCAUAAUAAUAGUAAUGAUCUGUCAUUGACAACCAGCAAUAACAAUUACAAUACAUUAUUUCAAAAUUGUAUAUCACAGAUUCAUUUACCAUCUCCUGUGAAAAAAACAAUUUUAAGAAAUUUUGUAAAUUGACAUUUAAUUCUAGGGCAAAAGGAUGGUGGGAAUAACAAUAAUUGUACUAUAAUGACAUGUAUGUGUAUGUUGCCUAUAUGAACUUAUUUGUUCCGUUUUUUUUUAAUCUUCUCUUUGCCUUGUUUACCCUUUUUUGUUUUUUUAGUUAUCUAUUGAAUCGAUUUUUUUUUUUUUGGUUUUUAAUUUCGUUUCAUUGAAUAGAGUAACAUCUCUAUUUAUAAUAUAAAAACAAUUUAGCAUUUCUACGAUAUGGACAAAACUUGCUUUUUAUAUCUGUGGUCCUUACUCCCAAAACUUUUUAAUUGAACCUAUGAAUAUGCAUGUUCUAUCAUAACACAUUAUAUUUGUAUAUGUACAUAUAGUUUUAAUCCUAUUAAAAUAUGAUAAGUAU